AUGGAAAGUGGACCAUGUGCACAGUCCGGAAUAGAAUUCGUAGCCCUCAGCUUAUUGAGGAGCAAAAAGCAGUACUAUUUCGCCAUCGAUGAACUGAACGGCCAACUACUCUACUACAAAGAGGAAGCUGAUUUGGUUGCUAAACGUGAACCUAUUGGGGCUCUUCCAUUAGCAAAUGCUGCAUUUACAAUACUUGAAGGAAAUGAUAGGACUUUCGUGCUACACUGUGGCGAGAAAGUAGUCGAAUUAGAAGCACCUAAUCCUGAAAGUUGUGAAUGCUGGUUAGAAGCGCUAUCACACAGGGCUUUAACAUCUCAGCGAAAUCGCAGACGUCGAUUACGUAGCCCAAGAGUGCGAAAGGAACGCAAGAAAUGCUUAUCAGACUGCGAAGAAGGUCCUGUCGACGACUACAGUCUUGUCCCUCCACUAAGCGGGCGGAAAUACUCCUGCAGCGCAAGUCACAUAUCAAGUGACAUGGCACUGUCAGUGUUAGAGAAGAAAUUUAACGACCUGGAACCACUGGGCCGGUCGCACAGCAGUGGAAUUGAAGAUGGAAGUACAGACAGGGUUCUUUCAGAGGUAAGUGUCGUUAAUUGCCUACAGUGUGCAUCAGCCUAA